AUGGAUAAAAUUCUCACGUUGUCUCAAAAUAUCUGGGAACAUCUAUACCGCCUGAGGAUGAAGAGCAAGUACGCCAUUCUUCUGGUCUUUGUGGCAGCCCUUGUCAUAAUUGAGAAGGAGAACAACAUCAUUUCAAGGGUUUCAGACAAACUGAAGCAGUCUCCACAGUCCCUGCCAGUAGCCAACAGCACCGAUUCCGGGUUGAUGCCGCCAGAGAACGGCUCCCUCUUGUCCCUCAGCGCCCUGGACCUGGCCUUCUCCCAGCUGAAGCACCGGUUGCAGAACAUCACUUUGCAGCUUGGUGGCACCCCGCUGCCCCCCGCCAAAAGGACACGAAAGCAUGUUCUCCUCAUGGCCACCACCCGUACCGGCUCCUCCUUCGUAGGGGAAUUCUUCAACCAACAGGGCAAUAUUUUCUACCUCUUUGAACCACUGUGGCACAUCGAAAGGACGGUGUCUUUUGAAUCCGGCGGCGCUAACGCGGUGGGGUCAGCCCUCGUCUACAGAGAUGUUUUGAAGCAGCUGCUCCUCUGCGACCUUUACAUCUUGGAGAACUUCAUCAUCCCAUUCCCAGAGGACCACCUGACUCAGUUUCUCUUUCGGCGCGGCUCAAGUCGCUCUUUGUGCGAGGAGCCUGUUUGCACACCCUUUGUCAAGAAGGUCUUUGAGAAGUACCACUGCAAGAACCGCCGCUGUGGCCCCCUGAAUGUGACUCUGGCAGCGGAGGCCUGCCUGCGGAAAGAACAUAUGGCCCUGAAGGUGGUCCGAAUCCGACAGCUGGAAUUCUUGCGCCCGCUAGUUGAAGACCCCCGCUUGGACUUGAGGAUAAUUCAGCUGGUGCGGGACCCUCGGGCAGUGCUGGCCUCCCGCAUGGUGGCUUUUUCGGGUAAGUAUGAAACCUGGAAGAAAUGGGCUAAUGAAGGUGUGGCAACCCUUAAGGAGGAUGAGGUCCAGAGAUUGCGAGGCAACUGUGAAAGCAUCCGGCUCUCGGCUGAGCUUGGGUUGAAGCAGCCAGCAUGGCUUCAGGGCCGCUACAUGCUGGUCCGCUAUGAGGACAUUGCCCGGUCCCCGCUCCAGAAAGCCAAGGAGAUGUAUGAAUUCACUGGCAUCGCUCUCACCACGCAGGUGGAGGACUGGAUCCGGAAAAAUACACAGGCCCCUCAAGACAACAACGGCAUCUACUCCACCCAGAAGAACUCCUCGGAGCAGUUUGAGAAGUGGCGGUUCAGCAUCCCCUUCAAGCUCGCCCAGGUGGUCCAGAAUGUCUGCACGCCAGCCAUGAAACUGUUUGGCUACAAGCUGGUCGGCAGCGCUGAGACUCUUACAAACAGAUCCAUCAGCUUGCUAGAAGAGAGGAGGAACUUCUGGAUCACGUAA